GACUCCUUGGAGUGGUCUGGCUCGGUGGCUCCGGUCUUCCCUGCGCUGUCGCUUUCUGAGGCGAGCUGAGGGUUCGGGAGCUCGGCUGGUCUGGGACUGCGAUUCUUGCUUUGUGCUUCAGGCUGUACAGAGAAAAGGCGUUUCGCCCAGAGAAAGGUAGUCUUACCAAUCUGAAGAUGGCAACUCUGAUCUUUGUUGAUCAGGAGAAUGGUGAACUUCGUGCUCCCAAGAGUCAGCUGAAGCUCCCUUCAGGAUCUUCAAAAGUCUUGGCUGAAAGAACACAAGUUAACACUCCACUUCCUAAAAAAGGAAUUAAUACUUCUCCAGUCACGUCUCGCUCUGUCAGAAAGGUUCUGGGAAAUGUGAAUAAAACUGAAGGAGUCACGAACAAGAUGGAUAAGAUAAAACAGAAAAAUCAGCCUUGCACUGUGAACAAAACUGGAUUGGAAAGCUGCCAUACAGUGGCUGAAGAAGAUUGGCCAGAAAUAGAAAAUAUGUUUCCUGUGGAUCCUCAAGACUUUGAGAGCUUUGAUCUUCCUGAAGAACACAAACUAAGCAAUAUCAAUCUGUGUGGUGUUCCCCUCAUGGUAUUUGAAAGGACAUAUGACAGAUGUGUCCAAAUGGUUCCUUCACCUGUGAAGAUUAAAGAUUGUGAGUUUUCGUGGGAAUCCAACUUGCUAGAAUCAACUGCUGAUUUCCUUGCUACCCUGGAUGAGAUCAUUGACAUGCCACCUCCAAAUUACGAUGUUUAAUGUGUGUUCUGAAGUUUCUUUUGAGGUCAAAUUUCAUGUAGUUCUGUAUUUCAAUAAAGGCUAGUUUAACCUAUA